AACUCUCUUCGCGUCCUAACAUUAUAGGAUCAUACAUUUUCCACCUCAACUUUGUUAUCAAAAUCAACUAACUUUCUCCCACUUUUCUUUCUCUGAUUCAAGAUCAAUCAAUCCACAGACUAUCAACCAUGGCUGAGGCUAAGAAGAAAACUGUAAUGGUGCUCAAAGUUGAUCUCCAAUGUCCAUGCUGCUACAAGAAAAUCCAGAAAAUUCUCUGCAAAUUUCCUCAAAUUUGCGACAGGGUGUUCGAUGAAAAGGCAAAUACAGUGACGAUCACUGUAAUAUGCUGUAAUCCUGAGAAAAUUCGGGACAAAUUGUGUUGCAAAGGUCGCAAGAUUAUUAAGAGCAUCGAAAUCAAAGAGCCUCCCAAGCCUGCACCGCCUCCAAAGCCGAAAGAGCCCGAAAAGCCAAAACAGCCCGAAAAGCCCAAGGAGCCCGAGAAGCCAAAACAGCCCGAAAAGCCAAAAGAACCCGAGAAGCCCAAGCAGCCCGAAAAGCCCAAAGAACCCGAGAAGCCUAAGCAGCCCGAAAAGCCGAAAGAGCCUGAGAAGCCCAAGGAGCCCGAGAAACCGAAGGAACCCGGGCCGCCAGCAUGUGUCCCACCUGUUUAUCCGGGCAGUACUUGCUGUCGGCCCUGCUGUGAAGGUUACGGCGGAGGGCCGUGCUUCCACGUUCAUGGGUAUCCGCCGCCUCCCCCGCCGCGGCCGUGCUACGACGGGAUUUGUUCAUGUGGACCUGGAUACGUAUAUGGAAGGCCUUGCUAUGUUACGAGGUGCGAUUACUUCAGUGACGAAAGCUCUACAAGCUGCAUAAUUAUGUAAUUUCCUGUUUGUCAAUUAUUUUUGGGUACAUUAAAUAUUGUUAAAAUAAUAGUUAUAUGAUUGAGGGAAAAAAAGGAAUAAUUUCGUUUGUGAACAGAUGAUUAUAAUAUAGGUUGUUAUUAAUAAAAAGUUUCAUACA